AAUAGUAAUAUAAUGUAGGUAUCAGCUGUUUCUCGGUGUUUUGACGUUUAAAUCAUAGACGAACGUUUAUCGUACUUGAUAGAAGGAUUUCUAGUUUUUUAUUUGCGUAUUUCGUCAAAUAAUGUACUGAUGAUAUGUAUUUUAACAAAUAAAACCUUAAAUAAAAUUUAUUGAAAAUGAUAACGAAUAUAAUGAUAUUACUUGUGACUUGUGUAACUGUUUUAUAUCAAAUUUCUGCAGUAAAAGGUUCAUUGUUUCCUUUUGUAUAUCCACGUAUUAAUUUAGAAGCAAAAUUUAAUGAAAUUUCAGGUGAUCCGUUAAUUCUUACACCAUACUUGGAGAAACGUGAAAUAAGUUUAGCACGAAAUCUCUCUCGUGUCAGUUUUACGGAAAAGAUCGGGUUUCCUAGUUACGCCGGCUUCUUCACUGUAGAUAAAAAAUAUGAUUCAAACCUAUAUUUUUGGUAUUUUCCUGCAUUCAACAAGAAUAAGGCCGCUCCAGUUGUUUUAUGGCUCCAAGGAGGACCAGGCGGGAGUUCGCUUUUCGGCUUAUUUACUGAAAAUGGACCUUUGAUAGCGAAGAAAAAUGGUUUCGCAGUAAGAAAAUAUCACUGGGCUAUCGAAAACAAUCUCAUUUUCAUUGAUAACCCAGUGGGGACUGGAUUUAGUUUCACAAAGGAUAAGAAUGGAUACUGCAAAGAUGAAACAUGCAUAGCGAAAGGACUUCACUCGUGUUUACAGCAAUUCUUCACAUUGUUUCCAAACUUGCGAAACAAUAAUUUUUAUAUCACUGGUGAAUCGUAUGCUGGAAAAUACAUACCAUCCUUAGGGUUGUAUAUUCACGAUCAAAAUAUGAUUUCCAAAGACAAAAUUAACUUAAAAGGCAUGGCAUUAGGGAAUGCCUAUUGUGAUCCAGUCAAUCAAUUGGAUUACGGUAAUUAUUUAUACCAACACGGUUUAAUAGAUUUCAACCAACAGAAAUUAUUUUUAAAAAUGCAAACAGAGAUCACAAAUGAAUUGAAACAACAAAAUUGGAUAGAAGCUGGUAUACUUAUGGACAAAUUAAUGGAUGGUGAUCUCACAAACUUCUCAUACUUUAAAAACUACACAGGGUUUAGUAAUUACUAUAAUUUCUUGGAGGAUAAAGACACAACAGAUACAUCUGUGUUUAUCAAACUUUUGAAUAAUGAUAAAAUAAGGAAUAGUGUGCAUGUAGGAGGUUUACCGUUUAAUGAUGGCAGAGAAGUACAAAUAAACUUAAGUGCAGACAUUUUACAGUCAGUAGCCCCUUAUGUGUCACAAUUAUUAUCUCAUUAUCGGUUAAUGUUUUACAAUGGACAGUUGGAUAUCAUUGUUGCAUAUCCGUUAACUGAGAAUUUUCUCCGCAACUUAAAAUUUUCUGCUUCGGAUGAAUAUAAAGUUGCUCCACGAAAAAUCUGGAGGGUCGGCGACAAUAUUGCAGGAUAUUAUAAAAAGGCUGGCAAUUUAACUGAAGUAUUGGUGAGAAAUGCUGGGCAUAUGGUACCGCAUGAUCAGCCCAAAUGGGCUUUUGAUCUCAUUCAUAGAUUUAUAUUGAAUAAACUAUAAAAUAUAUUUUGUUGAUAUUUUUGAACUGAUUGAUCAAUAUUAUGAAAUUAUUUUUUAUAUCCGAAAUAAAUGAAUUAAUAUGCAA